ACUUGUCAUAUGACUCACACGGAAAACAAGAAAGCUUCCAGCGAGAUAUAAAUGACAGCAAUUAAGCUGCGAGAACAAACAACAAAGCGAUUAUUCAUAACAAAUCGGUCAGGAACUAUCAUGCUGCUCCAAUAACUCUUUAAAGCUUUUGUCUGCCGCAAAUCUGAUGAUGGAUUUGAUGCGUAUAAUCGCGUUGUGUGCACUGAUCGCAGCUCAUUGUGUUGGUGCAUCGCCACCGAACUUUGUGCUGCUGUUCGCCGAUGAUUUGGGUUACGGAGAUCUUGGCUGUUUUGGACACCCGUGCUCUCUCACCCCAAAUCUGGACAGACUAGCGGCCAACGGGCUGCGCUUUACCGACUUCUACGUCACGAGUCCCGUGUGCAGCCCCUCCAGGGCUGCAUUGCUGACGGGCCGCUAUCAGACUCGCUCUGGGAUUUAUCCAGGUGUGCUGUAUCCGGGCUCAAGAGGCGGUCUCCCUCUCAACGAGACCACCAUAGCCGAGGUGCUGAAGACUCAGGGUUACUCCACAGCAAUAGUCGGAAAGUGGCAUCUGGGAGUAGGGCUGAACGGCACCUACCUGCCCACCCGGCACGGCUUUGACAGUUAUCUCGGUAUCCCAUACUCACAUGAUCAGGGUCCCUGUCAGAAUCUGAGCUGCUUCCCUCCGGAUGUGAAGUGUUUUGGCCUGUGUGAUCAGGGUGUUGUGACUGUACCUCUCCUGUUUAAUGAGAUUAUCAAGCAGCAGCCUGCAGAUUUCCUCCAGCUGGAGAAAGCCUAUGGUGAAUUCGCCUCUCAGUUCAUCAGUGACUCUGUCAAGGACAAUCGCCCAUUCUUCUUGUACUAUCCUUCACAUCACACACACUACCCUCAGUAUGCGGGUGCAGAUUACGCAGGCAAGUCUCCGCGUGGGCCGUUCGGUGAUGCUCUGAUGGAGUUUGAUGGCACUGUAGGGAAGAUUCUGCAGACUCUGGAAGAAACGGGUGUCAUCAACAACACUCUCAUCUUCUUCACUGGUGACAACGGGCCAGAGCUGAUGCGCAAGUCUCGUGGGGGGAACGCAGGACUGAUGAAAUGUGGUAAAGGCACAACAUAUGAAGGAGGAAUGAGAGAGCCGGCCAUCGCGCACUGGCCUGGAUUCAUCAAACCAGGUGUCACUCGUGCUCUGGCCAGCUCUUUGGACAUUCUGCCUACCUUCGCCAAACUGGCCGGAGCUCCCUUACCUGAGGUGCAGCUGGAUGGGGUGGAGAUGACAGACAUCCUGUUCAACCUCGGACCGAGUAAAAGACAGACCAUGUUUUACUACCCCACUGAUCCAAGUGUGAAGUAUGGUGUGUUUGCAGUGAGAUGGGAAAAUUUCAAAGCACAUUACUACACUCGGGGCGCAGCUCACAGCGAGUCAACCCCGGACAACAGCUGCUCAUUACUGGCCUUCCUCAAGUAUCACGACCCCCCUUUACUCUUUAACCUGGAAACAGACCCGUCUGAAAACUAUAACCUUGACGGCGAUCAAUGGGACGCUGUCCGCAAGCAAAUCCAGGCUGUCAAGCAGCAGUUUGAGGCGUCUAUGGUGUUUGGAGAGAGUCAGAUAUCCAAAGGCAUUGACUCUUUACUCGAGCCCUGCUGCAUUCCUAAUUGCAGACCGAAACCUGAAUGCUGCCGCUGCAAUUCUGCACUUUAAUGGCCCGCACACUGCCAGAUGCCAACAUUAUACAGCACAGUAACAUAACAUUACAGUAGGGAUGUAACGAUGAAUGCAGUUGAAAAUUUAUUCAUAUCGGUUGAGAUGCCUAACAAAUAGUGAUAUCUUUUUUUUUUUACAAGACUGUUAUGAUGCAUUUAACAGUCAUCAGUAUCUUAAAUCCUGGAAAGUUUUUAAUAUUUUAAGCUUCAUU